UCGCGCACGUCCUGUCAAAAAAAUGUCACGUGUACUAUCAAAAUUCCAAAAAUGUACAGCCUCUCUUACGACGAAUUAUUCAAAGUAGUUUUGGCCAUUUUAUUAAAUUACUGCUUCCAGUACGUCAGCUACUUCAUUUUCUGCAAGGAGAGACAGAAGUUCUGCUGUAUUUUCCCGUGAUAUGGACCGACGAUAUCGCAUCAGACCCCAAGGGGAAAUGGAAUCAUUUAUAGAGAUCGUUAGCAACAACUUGUACUUUGCCGUACUUAAGGGUUUGUUUUUAGGAAUGAGCGUCAACAGACACCUGAAGGGGGACGGCGAAAUGUUCUACUUCACCAUAGACGACGAAUUAUUGUAUCACAACUAUUAUUUGGACUUUGGGCCGUUGAACAUCUCGUGCGUAUACAAAUAUUGCAUGAAAGUGAACAAAUAUUUGCAAUAUGCCCGUGGUAUGAAGGCGGUGGUGCAUUACACGAUAUCGCAUCCAGAAAAAAAGGCGAACGCCAUUUUUCUAAUGGGUUGCUACUGCGUCCUCUACUUGAAAAUGUCUCCCAAGGACGCCCUAAGGUUAUUUCAAGAGACCGAACCUAUUAAACCCUUUUUAGACGCUUCCCAGUUUCCCUGUCAGUUCGCCAUAAAGAUGAUCGACUGUUUUCAAGCGAUAGCCAAGGCUCAGGCCUUUAAUUUCUUCAACUUUGAAGAUUUCAAUGCGUCCGAAUACGACCUGUAUAAUAAACUGGAGUUUGGUGAUCUAAAUUGGCUGCUACCGCGGAAAUUUUUAGCUUUUAUCGGCCCAGCCGAUAACAGAACCGCCCAUCCACCCGAGUUCUAUAUAAAGUACUUCUUGAAGAACGACGUGAAGACCGUCAUACGCUUGAAUAACGUUUUAUACGACGCCUAUACGUUCAUGCAAGUGGGCAUCCAACAUUACGACUUGAUUUUCCCGGACGGGACCACGCCCCCCAAGGACAUUCUCUUGAAAUUUUUGUAUAUAGCUGAGACGGCGCCUGCGGCCAUCGCUGUACAUUGCAAGGCUGGUUUAGGUAGGACCGGAUCGUUGAUCGGCGCCUACUUGAUCAAGCAUUAUCGGUUGACUGCGCGGGAGGCGAUCGCGUGGCUGCGCAUCUGUCGACCCGGCUCUGUCAUUGGUCAGCAACAGUUGUGGCUCGAAAAGAUACAGAGUUGGCUGUGGCGUAUCGGAAGUCAAUACCGGUUGCAAAAUUACGGAGAGGGCGAUAAGAUACCGCGUCACAAGUACGGGAUUUAUAGUAAGACUUGGCCGAUGGAACGGGAGAAGGCGAUCAGAGAAAACAGGCAAAAGAUACAGACCAAGUUUACCAGUGUACAAUUGGAGAAUUGCAUGCAGGCCCAAAAAAAACUAAAAAUCUCUAGCAUAGAACGUUUGCUGGGCACCGAGGCGAAACUGUACCCCUCGUCCGGGGACAGUUUUAAAAACAUUUCGAAAUUAUUGUGUUCGAUGCACGGACUGUCCCGGACUCAAGACCCGACUCACUCCCACACCAAGGUGAGGCCCCAAUCGCGUUCGGAAAAAUGCAUAAAUUGCGUCAACGUCGAACUAUCACCCCGCAGAGUCGUCAAGAAGUCCUCGAAGGAGGAACAGGUGAAGAAACCGGUUAAAACUGCCGCGGUAAAGCUGCCAUCUCAGGGCGACAAGUUGAACCAAAUAAAAGCCAUGAGGUUUAACAGGACUAAAAAGGUUGGAGGUCGAGGGAAACAGAUUUAAUAACCUUGUUUUUUGUCAAUAAAUGUCUCUUGUUUUCUUAGAAAAAAAAA